UGCUGCUCCUCCCUGAAUCGCCUCGAUGGCUUUAUAGAAAGGUUUCAGUUCCUUGCAUGUCCAAGAAUUACUAUUAUCGCAAAAUAUAGAUCAUAUGCCUACUACCUUCGUGCUUUGCUUGAAGCAGUGUCAUAUAAAUUUCAGGGCAGGGAAGAAGAAGCUGAAUCCAUACUGAGAAAAAUUUAUCAAGCUCAUGAGGUUGAUGGAGAGAUCGGAGAACUCAAAGAAUCCGUAGAAGCCGAGAUGAAGGAGGAAGGAUCAUCUGAGAAGAUCGAUCUCAAGAAGCUGCUGAAGACGAAGACUGUGCGGAGGGGACUCAUCGCAGGAGUCGGGAUACAGGCCUUCCAGCAGUUUGUAGGCAUCAACACGGUCAUGUACUACAGUCCCACCAUCGUGCAGUUAGCUGGUUUUGCAUCAAACCAGACAGCACUCGCUCUCUCUCUCAUCACAUCCGGUCUCAAUGCCAUCGGAACGAUCAUUAGCAUCUACUUCAUCGACAGGACGGGGAGGAAGAAGCUUUCCAUCAUCAGUUUAUGCGGUGUUAUUAUCUCCAUUGCAGUUCUUUCAGCUGUCUUCUAUCAGGCGACGGCACACUCGCCGAGUGUCAGCCGGCAAGAGACUCCGCAUUUUGCUCCCUAUGCCUGCCCAGAAUAUCGGUCAGCCUCGGCUUUUUCCUGGGACUGCACGACGUGCUUGAAAGCAUCAUCCCCAGGCUGUGGCUUCUGUGCUUCCGGCGCUAACAAGGUAAUAGAGACUCAUCACAAACACUUGGCUUGGAUUCCUUCUAUCGUUCCAGAGUUCAGUUACUUGUUGUUACCCGAGCUGUCUGUCUGUGUUUUGUACUUGAGUUCUUCUGAUUGCAGUUAUUUCCUGGAGCAUGUUUGACUUCAAAUUCAACCGCGAAGGAUAUGUGUCUUAAGGAGAACAGGAUGUGGUACGAGAGAGGAUGCCCAAGCAAAUAUGGAUGGUUGGCAUUGGCCGGAUUGGCACUAUACAUAAUCUUCUUCUCUCCAGGGAUGGGCACUGUGCCAUGGAUUGUGAAUUCUGAGAUAUAUCCUUUGAGGUUCAGGGGAGUUUGUGGAGGAGUUGCAGCCACUGCUAACUGGAUCUCUAAUUUGGUGGUUUCACAAUCUUUCCUUUCCCUCACAGAGGCAAUUGGGACUGCAUGGACCUUUCUGAUCUUUGGUGUCAUGUCGGUGGCGGCGCUGUUCUUUGUGUUGAUCUUUGUGCCAGAAACUAAAGGGCUACCAAUUGAAGAGGUGGAGAAGAUGCUUGAGAAAAGGGAUCUUCAUCUCAAGUUUUGGAAGAAGCGGUCAGUUUAGAUCAAAGGAAUUCAGGACUGUGGGAAAUGAAUAAUAAGCCAAGAACUUGGCAGAAAACACAGAACAAACAAUGCAUGAGAGAUAUAGAGUUUCUGUUUUUAAUAUUGUUGGCUGCUCUUAUUGCAUUGCUUUUGUUUAUAUUUAAGGGAAAAAAAGAACUAGACCGAACAGCACAUAUGAUGAAAACCUUUUGUUUUUUGAAAUUCUCUGUAAAAUCUUUUAGUUUUUGGAAGCAAAGAUUUAUUGCUUUAAAAAAACAGAGAGUAAGAGCAAGGAUGUCAGUAGUUCUGUGCAAUGCUAACUUCAUCAUCGAUCACCAUGCGAUAUUUAAUUAAUCUGUGGAGACAAGAAAGCAUAAAAACAACAAAAUGACCAAACAGGCCCUGAGUUUCUUUGGAACUUUUAACAGAGAAUAUUAAACACUACUAAAGCCUCACAGAUGCUAUGGAAUAACAAAUAUAAUGGUGAGAUUAUACAAGAUACCUGGGGAAGUUUGCUUCGAGAAUAUUAAACAUGAGUGCUAAAACACCCAACUUCUCAAGAAUAAAAAUCUCUACUCAUCCUUGCAACACCAAUCAUACUGAGGUUGGUUAUCGGCAAAGAUAGAACUACCUUUUGUACAUGAAAGGGACAACAGAAUGUCCUUUUAUCAUGUCCAAGGCUAGGUUCAUGUAGCCUAGAUGAUAACUGAGUAAUCCUGUCAAGUCUUGACAUGAAUAGAGAAAAUGAUCGCGCUGCAUAUGACCAAUCCUCUGCUGAAACUCAGCGCAGUUGCACCACCUUCCCUAUCACCUUGCAUAUGAAAAAGAAGAGGUGUUCCGACCGAAAAAACAAACAAACAAUAAGAGAAGCAGGGUAGAAAAGAACCACGAGCAAUCCUGUCACAUCUCCUGAUGAACAAAUGUGAACAUGAAUAGAGAAAAUGAUCGCCUUUGCAUACGGUCCAUCCUCUACUGGUCCCUUGCACCACCUUCCUCUCUUUUCA